AUGUUCACUCCAGCAAGGCGGCGCUGUGUCAGCGCGAUAAAGAACACACGUUCCUCCGAAAUCUCGAUCCCUGGAUUCCUCCUCCCGGCCUUCCAACAGCAAUCUUCGUCCUUUUCCACAUCGUCGCCAUGCCACUCGAAGAUUGGUAGCGCGCCGCUAUCAUUGCCCCCGGAUGUCAACUUCAACAUUGUCGCAGCUCCUGUGCAGAAGAAUGGUGCUAGAGUCAGCCGUACGCAAGAAGGCGCCACCAUUCACAUUGAGGGUCCCCUCGGAAAGCUGUCGAUGCCCAUUCCCGCAUACAUGAACAUUGUCUCGGAUGAAGCGAAGCGCACAUACAGCUUGAGAAUUCUGGACCAAGAAGAGAGAAAACAAAGGGAGAUGUGGGGAACCUGCCGCGCCUAUUUACAAAAUCACAUCCUAGGCGUCAGCGAAGGUCACUCUGCCAUCCUGCGUCUCGUUGGUGUCGGUUACCGUGCAACAGUCGAGAAGACCGCCGUCACAAAACAGCCCGAGUACCCUGGUCAGGAGUUCGUGUCCCUCAAGGUCGGCUAUUCACAUCCCAUCGAGCUUGGCGUUCCUGUGGGUGUGAAGGCCAGCACUCCUCAACCCACGCGUAUUCUGCUCGAAGGUGUUGAGAAGGAGGUCGUCAAGCAGUUCGCUGCAGAGAUCCGUGCGUGGAGAGUACCUGAGCCCUACAAGGGCAAGGGUAUCUUUGUCAACGAUGAAACCAUCAAGUUGAAGGCCAAGAAGAUCAAAUAG